CUGGGAACUGUGGGAGCUGAGUCACUGCAGGGAGUGAACGAGAGAGGGAGGAGCAGAGAUCUGGUUCUGUUCAGAGGAAGUGAAUCUGUUCUUCAGUCUCUGGCAGCAGCUGAAAUGGCGCAGCAAGAAGUUCACCUGGACAGAGAAAGAUUCUGCUGUUCCAUCUGUGUGGAUCUACUGAAGGAUCCGGUGACUACUGUCUGUGGACACAGCUUCUGUAAGAGCUGUAUUAACAACCACUGGGACAAAGGGGAGGAGAGAGGAAGCUACAGCUGUCCUCAGUGUAGACAGACCUUCACACCGAGGCCUGUCCUGGGGAGAAACACCAUGUUAGCUGAUUCACUGGAGGAGCUGAAGAAGACUGGACUCCAAGCUGCUCCUGCUGAUCACUGCUAUGCUGGACCUGAAGAUGUGGUCUGUGAUGUCUGCACUGGGAGAAAACUGAAAGCUCUCAAGUCCUGUUUGAAUUGUUUGGCCUCUUAUUGUGAAAAACACCUCCAGCCUCAUCUUCAGUCAGCUGCAUUGAAGAAGCACAAGCUGGUGGAGCCCUCGGAGAAGCUCCAGGAGAACAUCUGCUCUCGUCACGACGAGGUGAUGAAGAUGUUCUGCCGCACUGAUCAGCAGUGUAUCUGUUAUCUCUGCUCUGUGGAUGAACAUAAAGACCACGACACAGUGUCAGCUGUAGCAGAAAGGACUGAGAGGCAGAGAGAGCUCGGGCUGAGGAGACAAACAAUCCAGCAGAGAGUCCAGGACACAGAGAAAGACCUGAAGCUGCUUCAACAGGAGGAGGAGGCCCUCAAUGGCUCUGCUGAUAAAGCAGUGAAGGACAGUCGAGUCAGAGAGCUUCAGGAGAGACUGGAGCAGGAGAUCACUGAGCUGAAGAGGAAAGACCAGGAACUGAAGCAGCUCUCAGACACAGAGGAUCACAACCAGUUUCUACACAACUACCCCUCACUGUCACCACUCAGUGGAUCUACACACUCAUCCAGCAUCAGGAUCCGUCCUCUGAGGGACUUUGAGGACGUGACAGCAGCUGUGUCCCAGGUCAGAGGUCGACUACAGGACAUUCUGAGUGAGACAGGUGUGUCAGUGUAAGAACCAGUGAACAAC